CUCCACCAGCCGCUAAGCAGGCCCGCGCAAUUGAAGCAAGCACGCGUGCGCACGCCCCCCAGGCAAUCAGUAACCCGCUAACACCGACAACGCGCCAGCUACAAAAACCCAACCCACUCCCCGAUCUUCUCUUCUCGCCAUCAACUUCCCAUCUACAACAGCAUCUUCUCGCCUCACACCAACUUACUCAACGCACGAGUUCUUACUCAAUCGACACAACCAACCCACACUUUUUCCAACCUCUUCAUCUUUCGAAAUGGCUCCCAAGGCUGCUGACAAGAAGCCCGCCUCCAAGGCUCCCGCUACUGCCUCCAAGGCUCCUGAGAAGAAGGAUGCUGGCAAGAAGACUGCCGCCUCUGGUGACAAGAAGAAGCGCUCCAAGACCCGCAAGGAGACCUACUCUUCUUACAUCUACAAGGUCCUCAAGCAGGUCCACCCUGACACUGGUAUCUCCAACCGUGCCAUGUCCAUCCUGAACUCUUUUGUCAACGACAUCUUCGAGCGCGUCGCUUCUGAGGCUUCCAAGCUUGCCGCCUACAACAAGAAGUCCACCAUCUCUUCCCGAGAGAUCCAGACUUCUGUCCGCCUCAUCCUCCCCGGUGAGCUUGCCAAGCACGCCGUCUCUGAGGGUACCAAGGCUGUCACCAAGUACUCCUCCUCGACGAAAUAAGUGCUUUGAUGGCUUGAUUUGUUUUGGGCAUUUGGUUUUUCACGCGUGGCAUCAGGGUGUCAUGAGUCUGAGGUUUCACGGGGAUCCAGCCCUGUUUUAGGGGCCUCAUAAUGCGUUACGGAUGGUUUUGUUUUAUUUCCUGGGGGCAAUGUCUUCACACACGGGCAACGGGGUUCGCGGUUGUACAAUAAACAUCGAGAAUAGGGUCUCGAUCAAAUGAAUUCGUGCACAUAA